AUGACCACUGUACCUCCCAGUCCGCCGAGAAAUCAUAUCGCUGCCCUACCCCCGGAAUUGAUUCGUAUGAUAUUCCGACAUACAAUGAUAUCUAUCGAAGAAGAGGGCCUGUCGUUCUUUCCCGAUCUGACAGCCAUCGUUAUCUCUGUUUCGUGUCGCACUUUCCGCCAAAUAGCCCUCAGCUUUCCCGACCUGUGGACGCAGAUCAACAUUCUCUGGAAGCAGCCCGUGAUAGAUCUCUACCUCGAGCGCGCGGGCAUGGACAGCCUUGUAUCUGUCUAUCAUUGCGCCCGAGAAGCUGCGACUGUCGCCAGCUCUGACAGCUCCGAUGAUGGCCAGUCCGCGACAUCUACCAGCUCCAGAAAGUCGCACAAUCAACGCAGUAGAUCUUUGAGCGUGACUUCUACCUCCCACGACGAGGAUAAUCCCCUCACUCCUGAACCCGAUCCCCCCGAACUUCAACGACUAAGCACGGGGCUGCUGACUCGUGCACGGAGCCUGCAGCUGGAUGAAAGAAAGCAAUCCCAGAACCCUGGCCUCUUUAUGAUGUACGCUCAAACGGCCCUCAGGCAGGCCCAGACGCUGUCUGCGCUGGAGUCAUUCACUCUUCUAUGCGACGAUUUCACGAACAUAUACUUCGCGGAGUCCCAUGAAUUCGAAGGUCUCAAGACCCUUCGGCUGGCCGACGUUGUCCUACACGUACCGUCACGGCUCUUUGCUCCUACGAUCACCUCUCUUGUUCUGCGUAGCGUGUCGCUCCAUGGCGAGUCGACUUCACUACUCUUGAUCGUCCUCGCGGGAACGCCUGUACUCAAGCAUCUCGAAAUCGCGUCCAUGUCGGACAGCGUCAGACCAGCUUCAGCAGAAAAGAGCGUCUACUUUCCUGCUGAUGUUGAACUGCAUUGCAAAUUCAGUGGGGCUAAUCGCAUGCUUGCAAACGCCUCAAAGUUGGAGCGUCAAGAAGCGCUUCCCUUACGAGACCGUGCCGUGCGCCUGCUGUCAGCAAUGUGCGCACGAUAUCAACCUGCGCUAGCUAUUCCAGGCAAUCGCUUCACGAAAAUCACUAUCACCUCUCCCGGUCAAUUCGUCGGUUGUUGCAUCACGCUGGAGAACCCCAUGCACAUCACACCCCUAUCGCCAAGUCUCCCAGAACGAGUCGUUUUACAGCUCAUGGACGCGAACUCAGGACCGCCGUCGCACGUCGACGUUCCGAAGCUGAUUGCACACCUUCUCCCGCUGUUGCCUUCACCCGACUCGGGAUACACCACGCUUAUUGUCGGUCCUGUGCCUUGGGCGCGCGAACAUGCGGCCUGGUUGAGCGGCUUCGGUGCGGCAUUGCAGUCAAUCAGCACGGCUGAAGUAGCCGGCAUAGCGGGCGAAGGCUUACUCGCCGCAAUGUCGUCAAACAGGAGUGCCGGCGGCCUACUUCCUGGUUUAUCCACUCUAGUCAUCACUCACCUCAACCCUGCCACCAUCGAAAAACAAGCCCAGAUAGUUAGGACAAUGCGACCCCAACUCGAUAUCAAGCUGGCGGCCAUGUCGUUCUUACAGUGA